UAAAUUUACAGGAACUUAACUUUGUGCCAUGUAAACAGCAGCAGUUACAAGAUGGCUAAGAAAUCACUUGCUCGAUGGCUCUAUCAUAUGUAGCAGAGCUGAAUUUUCUGAGGAGGCACAGUGAGUGAGUGUCAUGUGAAGAAAUGGAGGGUUUCUGAAUCCUGCUGUCUGGGUCGCCCCAGAAAGCGAAGAUGAAUGCUUUGGUGGAAGAAGAGAAUGGCUGCGCACUCUGAACUGUCUGGCAUGGAUCUAUAUGAGGAUUACAAAUCACCCUUCGAUUUCAAUGCUGGAGUGAACAGAAAUUAUCUUUACUUGUCGCCUGGCAUAAACCUUUCUCCACCUGGAUCACCUACGCUGGCAAAGUCUGGGCUGCUGAGGAGUGACUCUAUACCUGAGGUUGGAGAGGAUGCUGCUGCUACAAUCGGCAUGGCAGAAACACUCUCAGAAGAAGAACAGGAUGAGCUAAGAAAAGAGCUUGCCAAGGUGGAAGAGGAAAUCCAGACGCUCUCACAAGUGCUAGCUGCCAAAGAGAAGCAUCUAGCAGAAAUCAAGAGAAAGCUGGGAAUUAACUCACUACAGGAACUAAGGCAGAAUAUUACCAAAAGCUGGCAAGAUGUUACGUCAACCACAGCAUACAAGAGAACAUCAGAAACCCUGUCUCAGGCUGGUCAGAAAGCUUCUGCUGCUUUUUCUUCUGUUGGUUCAGUCAUAACCAAGAAAUUUGAAGAUGUCAGAAAUUCUCCUACUUUCAAAUCCUUUGAGGAAAAGGUUGAAAACUUAAAGUCUAAAGUUGGAGGAAGCAAACCUGCUGGAGGAGACUUUGGAGAAGUUCUCAACUCUGCUGCCAAUGCCAGUGCCACAGAAACUAUUGCAGAACAGACAGAGGAAGAGACCCACUGAGAUUCCUGCCUCUGUCCUGCUACCCACUGCCAGAUGCUGCAAGCAAAAACCAAGCACAUUUGUAACAUUCUCUGCGCUCUUUCCACCAGUUGUGCUUUUAUUUAGCACGUAGUUAUUUUACCAGAUUAAUUGAUACCAAGCUUGUUUGUGGGUUCAAAAUAUUUUUGAAACUAAAAUACAUUGUUUGGGGUUUUGUGUGGGAAGGGGAAUUUCUAUGCCUUUCAAGUAUUUAAAGGACUUACUGUAAUUUGAAGGCAACCUUUAAAAUAUAGCAAUGAAAACAAAUCUUUUGAGAAUUUAAUUAUAUUGUAMAUAUACUGUGGAUACAUAAUUUCAAUCUGUAACUACUGCUCAACUAAUCCUUAUGAAUCUACUGCUGCUGCCAAACUGAAGCUUGKUACUUCACUCCCUUGUGAUUGUUUCAGUUGAAUGUUGCCUGCAAGGGACAUUGCACUAGGAGACCAGCUGAGGAGGAAGGAUCACUCCCAACUAAAGAAAAGACUUCAGUUUCAGCAGGCUUUACACAAAUUAUAGCAGGUUCACACAUGGGUAGGAAUGUACAGUCUCGUGAGCGUGCUCCUCGUACAGCAGGUGUGGAUAGGUAAUACAGAACAUCUAAAACUUACCGAUUUGUCUGUGCAUCAUCUGCCUAGGAAACUUCUGACCAACACAGAUGGAAGCAAGAUGCCUCAUAGUGCUGCUUUGGUUCAGUCACCAUAACAUUUUCAGUCUUGUUUGUAGUACAGGAUGUUACUGUGGCAAGGUAACACUCUUCUGAACAUUUGACCAGUUUCAAAUAGAUUCAUCUUCAUUCACGUGUGGUAGUGUCAUGUUCUUGCUAACAAAGCAUGGACUGGAAGAAUAAGCCUGAGCCCAGAAGUGGUUCUUUUUUAGUCAUCAAGAGAAUUGCUUCUAAAUCCCAAUGUUGCUUCCCUUGUAGGCUGACCCUGGAAAACCUCUGCUACACCAUCUUGCUCUCUUUUAUGUAUUUAAGGCCUGUACCUCAAGCAGCACCACUGUUCCUGACCCCUGAAGUCUGGUUUGAGAGGUGCACAGUGUCAUCACUCCGCAUAGYUCUCUUAAAAGUAUCUGUUCUCCUACAUCUGUUGUCUGCUGUACUCCUCAAAUUUCUUGUGUUUUGUAUGUUUCUGCCACAGGGUUAGAAUGUUUUAUCACCGUGCUUAGAACUGGAAACAAGUUUUGCUACAUUUGUGUGAAAACCAUGAAACUUCAGCUGCCACAGGUGUCUGGAGGAGAAAAAAGUUGGCUCCUSACAACCUUGCUAGCAUGUCAGAUGUAGAAUGUAUGCUUAAUUACAUGUGAGAAGCUUAAUAAAAACCUGUAUAUGAGGAAUGUAUUGUCCUGUGAGCAUGGAGGAUAAUGUAAAUAAGUAAGGAAAUUUUGUUUGUAAUUGAAUCAGUCCUCUAAGUUUGGUUCAAAGCAGUACUGAUACAUGCUACUGUACUGGGGGGAAUCUGAAUGGCUGAGCUUGGCAUUUCUAGAGAAGA